AUGCGAUCAGUGUCAUACAGUCAAUCAGUACGUUUGGACGGUAGAAUUUCUCUUACGUGGCGUUACAUCCUAUUUUGUGAGGUCUGUCGCGCCAACAAAGAGAGAACGGUAUUUUCGGUGUUUUGCGCUCGAACCACAUCUCCCGAGAUAUUUCGAGGUUGUCUUUCAAGCAGUUAUAAGUUUGGAGGUGAAUAGUAGUAUAGUAUAUAAUAGAUAAUCUUCAGGCUGUAUGUAUUAGAUACGAGUUUUUAAACUGCUAUUAAAAACUAGAUAGAAGAAACUAAAGAGACGAGAUGGCAAGUCGAAUGAAAACUUUAUACAAUCAGGUUAUAUUCGAGAGACGAAUUCUUCUGGGUUGCACCGCUCUCGUAGGACUCUCGAUAUGCAUAUGGUCCGUGGCUAUAGGAACUGACCAUUGGUUUACACUAGAAUCGCCAGAUGAUCAAGGUUUGCCUUUAGGAGGCGCUGGUAAGAAGGGCAGAAGAUUGAUCUACAAACAUAUGGGCCUUUGGAGAGGCUGUAUCACUGGAGUUGUGCCUGAAGCGGACAACCUCACGAAUAUUAUAUCUUACAAAGAAUGCAAGUAUUUGAAUAUGUUUCCAACGGAGAUACAAAUAAAACUGGAUUCAAGUUUGGACGCGACAGUAUUGAAUUACUCCAGGACUCUAGUCUCAUUCGCCUUGAUCAGUCUUUUCGUAAUGGUGAUGAGCUUCUGCUUUUCGAUUUACACAUUCCUAAAUCCACGCUACAUGUUUAAACGUCUCGCCGGGGGAAUACAUCUCAUAACUGCCGCUUGCAACAUGGUGGUAAUACAGGUACUGCUUUCUUCAAUCGAGUACGAGAGUAAUCACGUCCCAGAGACUUUUCCGAAAGGAGCAUUAAUGAAAUACGACUACUCUUUUAUUCUCGCAUGGAUCGUAUUCUUAUGCAAUCUGCUGGCCGGACUCGCCUUUAUGCUUUUUUCAAAGAAGAGAAAGAGGGAUAAAGCACCUACGGAAGAAAUAGCUAUGGCUGAUGAACCGACAAUAAUAGGACGUUAAAAUUUUCCUUUUACCGAUGUUCUUUUUCUCGUUGUUGUUGUUGUUGUUGUUGUUGUUACUGUUGUUGUUAUUG